GUGCGUUUAUUUUGGAAAAGUGUUGGAAAACUAGGGAAUAGUGACGAUCGCUGCGAGUAGGAGUAAAGGCGCCCUUCACCCUCCGCGGGGGUCGAUGGGGGAUGGAUGUCUGAGUGUUGUGUGUGCAGGGGAGAUGUUGGAGGGAGGCGUGAAAAAAAAAGGUUUGUUUGGUGUUGGUUGGGAUUUUCCCAUUUCUGCGGUGAAGGUGAAGCCAAGGAAAAGGGAGUAAGGGAGGGCAUCCAAUUCAGAAUCAGGAUGGAGAGCAUCGCGAUAUAAAGAGGAGCAAGCGUUUGGCUGUUUCCCUCUCGCUGUUGACUGCCUGUUCCAAUACAUUCCACUUUGAUUCCUGCCAGUCUUCCUCUUUGUGUGUGUGUGCGUCUGUCCUCUAGUUUGCACGUUACAAUGACCGAUACAAUGUACAACAAGGCCAACCCAAGGCACGAUACUAUUGUCGAAAUGGACUCCAACACUCUGAACCGUCCAUACAACUUUACACAUGAGCAAUUCGAGGAGCUACUUAAUCGCAUUGCCGCUCCUCCACCGCCUCCGGCGCCUGCUUCCGGUCUCGGCAAUCCUGGUCCGCUUGGAUUGGGGUCCUUUGCCUUGACUACCUUUGUGCUGUCCUGCUUUAAUGCUGGAGUCUUUAUUGAUAAGCGUUUGGAGCCUGUUGUAUUGCCCUUGGCGUUGUUUUAUGGUGGAAUCGCGCAGUUUGCGGCGGGAAUGUGGGAGUUUCAGACGAGUAACACGUUUGGUGCAACCGCGUUCACUUCGUACGGGUGCUUUUGGAUGAGCUUUGCUGCAUAUGUAUACUUGAUUGUGCCCACAUUGGCAGCAAGCUCUCUCAACGUGUCAGAUGCAACUGGUCUCUACCUACUUGGAUGGACUGUCUUUACCGUUUACAUGACGUUCGCUGCGUAUCGAGUAUCCAAGGCGGUUUUCUCUGUCUUUUUCUUUCUUUCCAUGACAUUUCUUCUUCUCACCAUUGGAGCACUUGCACCAAGCGAAGGAACGACCCGAGCUGGCGGCUGGUUCGGACUGAUCACUGCGUUUUGUGCGUGGUACUCUUCCGCAGCCGUAGUCAUCAACACUGCCCACGGAAAAGAGGUCUUACCAGUCGGUGCUUACGUUCACCAAAAGGCCAGGCCCAACAUGACAGAAGACCUCAAGGUGUAAACCUAACCGAGAGUACAUUCUAUCGUUUGGAUAUCUUUUCGGAUAUUGUCCGUUUAAAGUUUUAUAAUAAGGAUUGCUGGACAAUUUAUUUUCUUUAAACCUCCGAGAAGUCAUCAAAUAUUCAAAGUGUAUCUGGUCCCGUUGGGUCCGAGACGCGUACGUGCAUGCGGGUUCACAAAUGUGGCUGUUCAAGCGGAG